UCGUAGUUGUAUAUAAGUGUUACUUCAGCUUCGUAAUUCUCAGGUAUCGUUGUUAAUUUCAGUCGUACUGUGUUGCAGUUUUUCAUUCAUUUGAAAGCAGAUCUACAACAUAUCCUUAAACAAAACUAUAAUAAAGUUUCGAUUUUUUGGGCGUUGUUGGGUAGAGGGAAGUCUAUUUUAGUUUGUUUCUAAAUUGGGUCUCAAAAUACUAUAUUGAAUUUACAAUCUUUGAAGAUUUGGGUUUAUUAGGCGAGCGAAGCAAAAGUUUUUAAGAGUUAUGGCAGUAUCAAUGGUUAUUAGAGGGGCUACUCUAGGGGAAGCAUUUGCAGAGGUCAUUGCGGUGUUAUAUGAUACAGUCAAGAAUGUGGGAAACAAAGACUGCUCCUUCAAACCCCAUAUUCAAAACCUCGAAUCCACGCUAGAUCGUUUAUUGCCUAUAGUCAAAGAUAUAAAGCGAUCAAUCAACCAAAUUGAUUUCCCAGAAAAGAAAACAAAGAGUUUGAUCGAAGAAAUGAAGAUGGGCGAGACGCUAAUUCGCAAGUGCUCGAAAAAACGGUGGUGGAACUGCUGUUUCGAAUUCUGUUGCCCCACCGAACUUUCCGAGUUGAACGAGGACAUCGCAAGGUUCUGUAAGGAUGAUUUGGAAGCAAAUAGCACAAGGAAUGAUGAGACGGAGAUAUCGAUGAACUUGAAUAUUAUUACUCUAGAAAAGGAGGAUUCUUCGAACUUGGACAGGCCAAGGGCAUUUUGUGCGGUUCGUAGACCCCCUAAUUUUACAGUUGGGUUUGAUAUGCCAAUGAUGGAGUUGAAGACACUGCUGUUGAAGGAGGAGGUGAAGCAGCUUCUAUUGACCGCUCCUGCAGGAUGCGGGAAGACCACAUUAGUCCAAAUGCUUUGCCAGGAUAACCAAAUUAAAGGCAUGUUUACGAACAAUAUUCUCUUUGUCAACGUUUCUAAAACUCCUGACAUGAAGGUCAUUGUACAAAACCUAUUUAGUUAUAAGGGUAUUCAGCCUAAGUAUCAAAUUCAAAGUGAUGAAGAUGCAAUUUACCUGCUACCACAAAUGUUGAAACAUAUUGGACCUAAUCCUAUAUUGUUGAUCCUGGAUGAUGUCUGGCUUGGAUCAGAAUUCCUUCUUGAAAAGCUUAAGUUUAAUAUUCCAAACUACAAGAUUUUGGUUACUUCAAGAACUGCAUUUCCAAGAUUUAAACAUACAUAUAACUUGAAACAACUAAAUGAAGUGGAUGCAAUGACUCUUUUUUGUCGUUCAGCAUUCCUACAAGAUGAAAGCUCUUACAUUCCAGAAGAGGAUAUCAAAAAGAUAGUAAGAGGUUGUGGGGGGUGCCCAUUGGCCCUUAAAAUAAUUGGUGGCUCAUUGUGUGGACAACAUGCAGUGGUAUGGCACAGUAGACUCUUGAAAUGGUCUGAUGGUCAUUUUUUUUUCAAUUCUGAUACUGAGUUGCUUCCUCAUCUUCAAAAAAGCCUAGAAUUUCCAGAUGACAAGAUCAUUAUCAAAGAGUGCUUCUUGGACCUAUGUUCAUUUUGGGCAGAACAAAGGAUCCCUGCUACUACCCUUAUUGAUAUGUGGGCAGAAUUAUACAAACUAGAUGACAUCCACGCGAUUGCGUAUUUGCAAGAGCUCACCAUUCGAAAUCUGGCUAAGCUUGUGAUGACAAGGAAAGAUGCAAGUGAGGUCAAUAGCUAUUACAAUGAAGACUUUGUCACACAACAUCAUAUUUUUAGAGAGCUUGCUCUACAUCACAAUAGCCAGGAGCCUAUCGGACAACGGCUAAGAUUGAUCAUGAACAUAAGUGGAAACAAUCAGCCAAAGUGGUGGAUGGAAAAGAAACAACUCAUCAAUGCACGCUUAUUAUCUAUCUCAACUGAUGAAUCAUUCUUGUGGAGUUGGUGCAACAUUCAAGCACCUAAAGUUGAGGUUUUAAUUCUAAAUUUUCAAACAAAGAAUUACACUUUACCUUACUUUGUGGAGAAAGCAAAUGAACUCAAGGUUUUGAUAGUCAGUAAUUAUGGUUUCUUUCAUGCUGAAAUAAAAAACUUUGAAUUGCUCUGGUCUCUACCCAAUUUAAAGAGAAUUAGGUUAGAGAAGAUUUCAAUUUCUUCCCUUUGCGAGACCCUUGUACCAUUGAAGAAUUUAAGAAAAAUAUCAUUGUUUAUGUGCAAUAUUGGUAAGGCUUUUGAGAAUUGUACUAACAAGGUUUCAUAUGCGUUGCCAAAUCUAGAAGAGAUAAACAUUGACUAUUGCAAUGAUCUGGUAGAACUACCUGUUGGGCUAUGUGAUAUUGUCCACCUAAAAAAACUCUACAUCACCAAUUGUCAUAAGUUGUCUAUUCUGCCUAAAGGAACUGGAAAGCUGGUGAAUUUAGAAGACCUAAGGCUUAGGUCUUGUACUGAUUUGUCAGAGUUGCCAGAGUCAAUUAGAAGCCUCCAUAAGUUAAGCAUUCUUGACAUAUCUAAUUGCCUAAGCAUUAGCAAGUUGCCAAAACACAUUGGUGAGUUAUGUAAUUUGAAAGUGCUGAACAUGAAAGGGUGCUUGAGGUUACGUAAUUCAUUACCAGAAUCAACAAUGGAUCUUAAGCAACUAAAGAUUGUGGUAUGUGACGAAGAGAGGGCCAAGUUAUGGGAGCCUAUCAAGGAAUUCCUCACCAAGCUUAAGAUUGAGGUGGCUAAGAACAAUAUCAACUUGAAUUGGCUUCUCAAGUAAGAUUUUGAGAACUGUUUCUUUUUAGAAAGUGUUGUGUUGCGGGUUUAAUAUGGUCAUUGUCAUAUUUGUUGUCUUUCCUAUUUCUUUGGUGUGCAAGUUGUAAGCAAUCCCUUUUUUUUUUUUUUUAUGCUUGGUUCUUAUUUUUCAGAAUAAUUGACUUUUGUGUUGUAAGCAAAACAUAAAUAAGGGAAAGUUAAUAAGAAACUUAUGUUAUUUUGUUAGUUUUAUAUGUAUAGAUGAGUUUGAACUUUGUAGGUCUAUCUCCCCCAAGAAACUCAUAAAAUAUCAUUUUCACUCUCUAUUUUUUCUUAAGAAAUCCAAAAUAAGGAAUUAAAGUGUGUUGUAUAUACGAAAGCAUCCAAAAGAAAUGAAUCCAAAAAUAUGUGGAGAACUCAUAGAUAAUAGGAACUAAUGAGUCUAGAAAAAUCAAUUGGUCGUCCGCCAAAAUGGACGACAUUAAGUCACUAGUAAGCCAUCAAAGAAAGAUAAGUAACCAUUCAAGCACAUUCAAUAUAUUCAAUGACGGUCAUUACUCCCAUGAAGAUAAUAACCAUUACACUCAAGGUAAUAAUCACCUACAAUCAUGUCCAAUAGUUACUUAAGUCACCUAUGAAAGGAACAAUCUGCCCCACUUGCUAAAGUAUGUUAAAAAAUACUACAAAAUACCAUCUAUAUACAAAAUAUUUAGGCUGAUACUAACUUAAGCAUCGGAGACUCCCCCACUGGGCACAACCCAGUGGUUUCUUCGAUAAACUCUAUUUCUUCUUGCAGAUCUCAAAAGCUCGUCAAAAGCUAUGAAUUGGACAAGUGGCUCAAUUGACGAUUUUUUGUUUCAUCAAUUUGGCGCUGUUUGUGGGGAGCGACAAGUCAUUGUUCUCUUCCCAUGACAAAAUAUUACCAGUGGUCUCUUUAUUCAUAAGAGACCGUUAAUCAUAACAGUCAAGUGAAGGGCCUAAGAAGAAUACGAAACAAAGUUAGCCAACUAGGCCACUGUCUUAUAGAGGCAAAAAGCAAAGGGCCAUUUCAUUGGUCAUCGCCAAACAACAAGGUAGCAACAACAAAAGCACCCAGGAUGACCUCAUCACCAAAGGGAAGAAAUACAACCUCGAAGGGACUUGAACGGAUCACAACAACGUGGCCUAGAUCUUGUACCCUCAAAAGAAUGAAGCAAAAUAGAUCUAUCUCAUAGACAUGAAAUAUCAUGUUAAACUUAACCAAAGAAAUCCUAAAAGAGAAGAGCUUGUCAAGAAAACUUCAGCAAUGAAAAGACCAAGAAAUCCAGCGAUGCUUGAAGAGAAAGAACAUAGGCCUGCCUUCACUAGCCUGCCACCAUCGAUCAACCAACGAAACCACUACCGGUUACAUUUUACUUAAGCAGAAUGAGGAAGGGGAAGCUUCUACUGCAGUGCUUUUUACAACAUUUGGCCAGGAUCUUGUUUGCCCACUAAAGUUGAUCUUAUCAGAAUUUAUGAUCUUGCACAUUUGUUUGCUGCCUCCUAAAGAUUGCAAUCUCUGUAGUUCUGUACCUCUAUAAUGCACCUGAGCAUGUGAUCAGUUUUCGACUAUUAAGUAUUGCAAUGCCAGUACCUCUUUUCUUCGAGGAACUGAACAUUUUGGUACUACACAUAGACAGACAUACAUUGAUCCAUGUCCAGGUUCUAGUUUCAUUUUUAGAUAAAGAGCUGCAUACUUAGCUGCAUCGACUCAAGGGAUUGUGGCAUCAUUAUUAACCCAAUGGAUGUUUUUUAUAGAGGUGUUGAAACAGAUACUUUGACAGGUGCAGGAGUGGUGGAGAAAGUAGAGGUAGAGGUGGAGAUGAAGGAGUAUAAGUAUGAGGAAUUAGUUAAAGCCCUUGAAAACUUUGGAAACAGGAGGUACAAAACAACGCAAGAAAGCUUGGUGAGCUAAAACUUUUAGAGUUGCUGCCUUUCCAAUCAAGUCUAAAAUCUUAACAAUUCAUGCUAGGUUUGAAUGGCCUACUCUAUUUUAGCUCAUAAGCAUCCUCAACUCUCCUUGCGGCAGCAUACCUACAACAUAGCCAUAAAUCACCUGAUCUUCAUUUACAAGUUCAAUAUGGCUGCAAGACUCAAAACUGCAAUAUACACAAUCUUAUCAAGUCUAAUACUAGACCCCCUUGUGAAACAAUUCAACAACCUUUUUGUCAUAUCCAUGAGAAUUAAAACUGUGUAAUGGCUAAUGAUUCAAUAAGUGCAUUAGCUAAUGCCUAGUACCUAUCAAAUGGCUGAUGAGAAGAUCAUAAGCAAGGACUUCAAGUAAUCAAAAGAUGGAAAUUACCCCACCAGGUACAGUCAAAGUAAAUGUUGAUGCUACUAUGUCAGUGAAUGCUUCAAUUUUGAGAGUAGUAGUUCAAGAUGAAAUGUAAUCUAUCUUAAAGCUUGGACAAAGAAAAGUUUAAAUCCAGUGAUCCUUUAAUGACAGAAAAAUUUGCACCCACUAAUAGUUUGUCUUUAUGUUGUAGUAAUUCCUCUCUUCCUCUUUCAUUUGGGAGGUUUGAUUCAGAAAUGUAUCCUUUAUUUCUUAUUAAUGAAAAUU